AUGUUUCAAGAACAAUCAUUCGGAGGAUAAGACAAGUCGACUAUAGAAUGUCGAAAUUUAAGGAGACAUGGCAAAUGCACAGUUUCUGGUUGUCCAUAUUCGCAUAGUGCUGCAUCUGUCAAACCCAAAGUUCUAAGGAAGGUAUUUUAAGGAUAAGGUGGACCUAAUUCUGAUCCAAAUCAGCAAUAAAACAAUUAUCGUAACAAUUUUUGGAAUCAAAAUAAUUACAAUAACAAUUAAAAUUACCAAGGCAGAAGGGAUUUUCAAUUUAAUCGAUUAAAUCAGAUAAAUAACAAUCAAUAAGACAGAUUUAAAUAAAAUACCUAUACGAAUUAGAGUAAUAAUUAAUAUUAGCAAUCUCAACCCUUGCAACAAUAUGAUAAUAGAUAACAAAACUAACCAUCAUAUUAGGGUUUACAAUAACAACCCACGAUUGGACUUUAGUUAUUAUACAAAAUGAAUUUCGAGAAUCUUAGAGGCUUUUUGAGGAUAAUCAAUAUUAACAACAACUAUUACUUUGGUCUCAUUCACAAUAAAGGUAUAACGUUCUAUCCCUACAAUGAAACCAAAGGAAUUGAUAUUCUAUCAAAGAUUGAUUUCGUAAUUCAAUUCGAUGUUGAGGAUGCCUUCAUCUAAGAAUAUACCUAACAGAAUAAUAGGAAGGAGCUCUACUGUUUGGCAGUUGUGAUCAUUGAGUCGAGUUUGAAAAGCGUGUUGAUUUAUCCUGAUUUUUUAAAUUCUUAGGCUAACUUUGUAAAAGUGUCAGACAUUUCUAAUACAUACUUAAAAUAUAUACAUGUUAAUACAUUGAAUAGUGAAUUAUACACUUUUAGUUCAGAUGGAUUUAUCAGAGUGUUCGACCUUCAAAACACUCAAAAUUAAUUAAAGUAUUAUGCUUAAUAGACAGAAGUCUUUUGGUCCAUAUUUUUCCUUAAUGAAACAUCAAAGGGCAGCAAUUUCCUUAUUUCAACUAAGAAUGGAAACAUUUUUCAUUACAUCAACCAAUAAUUUACUAAAUUGCAUUCCCUAACUGAGCAAACAUUAGUGGAUGUAACUAUUGAGAAUGAUUCGAAACGAGUCUAUUUGGCCACUAAAAGUCAGGAGAUGUUUUUUAUAUAUAUAAUAAACGAAAACAAUGCUUUUGAAGGCCCAGUUUAUACUCACAGAUACCCUAUUUAAAAAGUGAUUGGAUUCAAGGAUUUCGACUAAAUUAAUUGUUUACUGGUAUCUGAUAACAGGGGUCAAUUGGAUAUAUUGAAGGAAUAGCCAUCAAAUGAUUAGGUGAAAUUCUUAAGAUAAAUACAAUAUAAACAAAUCAUGGGAGAUGUUAAGAAAAUUAUGUUCUUUAAAAUGAGUAACGUCAAUUAAGUUGUUGAAAAAAUGAUCUUUGUUCAAAGAUCAAAGGAUCCAUAAAGACAAGAGUCAACUAAUUUUGAAUUUUAUAGGUUUUAUUAGAUAUUUUGA